AUGAAGAAGAAAAGCCGCAUAGGACUAAGCAACUGCUCUUUCGAACAGUUUAAAGAGGGAAUCGACUUCCUAAAGCAAACGGACGCAAUUCUGGACGAGGAUAUAUUUCCCAUUCUGAAAAGGGUCUGUUCCUACCUUUUCUUCUGCGUCAAGAAUGACAACUUCGAGUUUGUAAAAAGUUACGAAAUUGCCGAAAGGGCGGGGAAAGCGAAAGGCAGCCAAAGGGCCCAAGUAGGACAGGCGGCAAAGGGUGCAUCAGCAGGACAGGCGGCAAAGGGUGCAUCAGCAGGACAGGCGGCAAAAGCUAUAUCAGCAGGACAGGCGGAAAAAGCUAUAUCAGCAGGACAGGCGGAAAAAGCUAUAUCAGCAGGACAAGCCGCAUCAGCCGCGGCGGGGGCGCGAAUGGAUCCCUGGAGGAAUGCCCCCCACGGAGAAAAUGAAACGACGCUGAACUACGAAUUUGAAGAUGAAGAUUUCAUAAUAGUCAAAAAUAUAAACAGGCUGCUGCUUAACAAACUGAUAGAUAACUACGUUGGCUACUCCUGGCUGUGCUUAACCCUAACCGAAUACUUAAACUACCUGGACUAUUUUAUGAACAAGCAAGGCAAAAGUGACAAAGAGGAAGAAGAAGAAGAAGAAAAAAAGGAAAUAUACGCAAGAAAAAAAGUGUAUAAAUUGGUGAAGAAAAUUACGCAAGUAAAGAAAAAACACAAAUUAAAGAAUUAUCGGAUGGGACAACCAAAUGGAGAAGGAAAAAAAGCCAUUCAUAAGUUAGAGGCGAAAAAUAAAUAUAUUAACUACCUCUUUUGUUAUUAUAGCAAUUUCUUUCUUUCGUCAAAUGUCAGCAAUGGGGAAAACGCCCAAGGGGAAGAUGUUAUAGUGCUCGACCAUUUUGACAAUGCCUAUCGGUGGAUAUACACCAAUGGGGAGGACCCGAGCGGAGGCUGUGCACAAAAGGGGGAGAAGCAUCCAAAGAGAGAGAAGCACCUCACGAGGGAGAAGCAUUCCAAGAGGGAGAAGCACCUCCAUAGGGAGAAGCACCUCACGGGGGAGAAGCGCGUCAGAACGAGCAGCGGGGAGUCUCCUCCUAGGAAGCGAAAUGCGCACUUAAAGCGGAGGCGCAAAUGUUAUGGUGUAAAAGGGGUGGACGGGGACCAAGAGGUGAGGAGUCAUACAAAGAGGCGCUCAGAACGGAGACGGGCCCCCCGAGAGGAGGAGAACAACCUGCAGCACCUGUACAAAGCGCUGUGUGAUUUCCUGUCGACCAAAUACGAAACGAAGAAGCUGCUAAAAUUCAUGGAUGAAUACAGAGACUUGUACGCAUGGAAGCCACCCCCCUUCUACUGGAAGAUACUCAGCAACAAGUAUGUGGUGAAGGAAAUACUAAAGCUCUAUGAGGACAGAUACCUUGACCCCUUCCUCUCCUGUCUGUACGAAGAUUAUGUCAACAAAUACUACUUCGACGAUGAGGAGAGUAACAACAUAGCGACUUACACGAGUAACUUUAAUGUAUUCACACUUCGAGUAAGUGAAGAAAUUCAAAAAUUUCUUGCUUUGGAAGAACCAGAAGAAGAAGAAGCAGUUUUUAAAAUAUGUAAAAAUAUUUGCGUGAGCGAAAAUUCGUAUAUCUAUGCACAGAUGAUCCUUGAGUACAUCUACAGGAACAACAACGACAGUAGCAUGAGGAGACUGUCUCAGUUUUUAUCUCUUUACAUUUUGUAUAAGGACAUAAAUCUCCAUAGAAUAUGUAACAAUUACUUCGCAAAGGUAGUUGAGAACCAAGUCAGCAUCACCUUUCUGUCAUUCAGAGUUAAUAAUUUAAACAGCUACAGCACUCUUUAUAACACCUUUCGAAAUAUAUACAUGGCUAGGAAUAAGGGUUGCAUGGAGAUAAACCAUUCGGACAUUAUCAGUCUGCAUGAUGCCAUAGUCAACGUUUUGAAAAUCUUUAAUGGAAAUAAGUUGCUGCUGUUUGAUUCGACCUACUUGUUCGAUUCGACCUACUUGUUUGAUUCGACCUACUCGUUUGACUCGACCUACUCGUUUGAUUCGACCUACUUGUCUGCUUCCCAUGGGGGGAGGAAGCGUCUCCGGGGAGAAGCAACUCGUGAGAGUGGCAAUCCCAGUGGGGAGAGCGGCAAUCCCAGUGAGGAGAGAGGCAAUCCCAGUGAGGAGAGUGGCAAUCCCAGUGAGGAGAGCACCAACCUGAAGCGACAACUUACUCCGCCUGUGGAAGGAGAAGACCACCCCUUCCACUUCCACCAGCGAGUAGAAGAUGCAGAUUUUAAUUCGAACUUUUCUGAUAUUAAUAGAAGCAACCUGGAGGAGGUGUGCAGGCGUGGGUACAUCCCCACUGUACAAGCAGAUGACGUCUCGUCUGUAAGGCCACCUCUUACAGAUAGUCCAUUCGAGAAAGAAGAGUCCCCUUUUUCAAAAGGAGAUGAAUUUUUUAACCCAAGUGAUGAAGAUACCCCUCCAAGGGGAGAAAAUUCCUUUGGAGAGAGUAGCUUGUUUGGAAGCAGUCUACAAAUUGGAAAGAUGGAAAAAAGGAACGGAGCUGAUGGUGGAGGUACCGAAAUGAAUGACAAGAAAACGAGUGUGUCUAAUCGAAGUAGCAAAAAUUUGAGCAACGAAAUUUAUAGCUCCAUAAAAUCAGAAGAUUUUGUAUCAAAUGUGAUCUCGGAAGACAACGAAAUUCAGGUGAAAUCAGGAAAGACAAAAAACACAGCUAGCGAAUUGCUCCUUCCAUCAGCAUCGCAAUAUGGAAACGAAGAUUUUAAUUACAACAAAGAGUUCCUGAGGAUAAAUAUCUAUGCUGAAAAAAUUCCUUUGAUUCAUAUGAGAGACCUCGUCUUCCUCAACAAUGCAAUAAAUAUAUACGUCUCGAAUAGUGAUCUUUUUUUCAACAACAUGUACAAGUUGUAUGGGAAGGUGCUCAUUUUUCUAACUACCUACUCUCCGUACGAAUACGUGUACAACCACUACUACGCUUCGUUCUUUAAGCGGUACGGGGAGGGCACCUCUAGGAAGUACUCCUCGACGUACUUUAGCGUUUACGACGACUCGAUUUGGGCUCUGGACGGCGUCUCGGGGGAGAGCGACGACGAGGAGGCGGGGGAGCAACAGGGGCAGCGCCAGCAACACGAGCAACGCGAGCAACACGAGCAGCUCCAGCAGCAACAGGAAGAACAGGAGCACCGCCAGCAGCAACAGGAGCAACUUCCGCACCAGCGUGACGACCUACGCAGGGCGCCCGAGGCGAACGCCCCGUCGGAAGCAAACCUCGCCGCAGGCCUCAGCGCAGAAGGGAAACCCACGGGAAAGAGGACGUACGAACAGUUUUGCCAAGUCAAAAAAGAACCCGGAGAGAGAAAGUCGAUACUAAAGAAGGGAAGCAGCUACGUGGGGGUCGACAUAAAAGUGCAGGAGGGGAAGAGGCGCCCUACUUUUGACAAACAUGUCAUGGGAGACUCGGCUGAUGGGGCAGCUGCGCACGCGAGCAGGAAGAUGAGGAGGCAAGAUGUGGAUGGUGCCGAAUUGGAGAAGCGCAGAAGGGGGGAAGUGCCUCCACCAGUUUUGGAGACGGAGCAGACGGGGCAGUCCGUUUUGGAGACGCAGAAAAUAGGCCAACCCUCUUUUGAGGGGGAGAAAAUAGGCCAACCCCCUUUUGAGACGGAACAAAGUCCCAACGUAAAGAAAGAGAACGGUAAGCCCGCUCAUGUGGACAGCCCUGUUGAAGCUGCUAAGGAGGGAGCUCCGGUUGAGCAGGAAAAUGUGAUUAUUUUAGCGGCGGUAGGGGGACCAACAGAGGAGCAUCGGAAGAGUCCGCCCCCAAAUGAGGCAGUCCAAAAGGGUGGUAAUGCAAGUGCUACAUCUGCUGGUGAUGCAAAUGCCGCAUCUGCUGGUGAUGCAAGUGCCGCACCUGCUGGUGAUGCAAAUGCAGCAUCUGAUGGUGACCCACUGCGAGGUAAGAACGAAGCGAGUCCAACAACGCACCCAGUGCAGGAGGCUCCCGCAAGCGAAACGUCCCCUCCACAAAGUCGCUACACGCACAACUCAAAUGCGAGCAACACUGCAGAUGAUAUGCUCGAACUGAGAACCGAAGUGAUGUCGUGUGAUGAAGUAAGAAGCAGCAUUUUUAAAAACGUUAGGAGCAAAAAAAAAUUGAAAAUAAAUCCAACAAGUAAAAAAAAAAAAAAAUAUUAUUUUUACAAAUUGUUUCAAAAAUUUAGAUUAACUUACAACACUUUUUUGAAAUACACACAAAACGAAAUAUAUCAGAUAUAUCAUAUCAUUCAUGGGAACUACUCGGAUGCAACUAAGGACAAACUUCUGCUGGCGAGAGUGAACAGCAAUUUGGCAGCGUCUCUCAUUUACAGAUAUGUCUACACUAAUGUGUACGAGCAUGUGAAUUAUUCGCGUGUGAAUUUGCUGUACCCGAAGUUUAUUUUACUCAAGUACAUCGUCGACAAGUACCCGCAGAAGCGGCACCUCGCGCUGCACUUUUUGAAGGAACUGUACACGUAUAUAAUCGAGAAGGAGGAAUCCCUGGAGGAGUUCGUCGAGCUGCGGGAAAAUCUAAUUCUCUUCUUCGUGUACUUCGUGCGCUUCGAAAAUAUGUUUUGCUACGUGGUGGGCGUCAUCAAGUCGAUGGUUCACCUGCUGGACAAGGCCCUCAUCAGGCUGUUCAUCAUCAAGACGCUGGCCUUCUGCGCUCCCCCAUACGACUUUAAGUUUUGCGAGUGCCUGCUGAACUUCAUUCACUUCGUCCUGAAAAUGGAGGGCGUCUACUACAAGAACGAGUUCAAAAGGGCCAUACACAAAUUUCUGGACAACAUUGCGGAGAUGCACCGCAUGUACCAAAGUUCGAAGACGAAGGAGCUUUCCAUCCUGUGCACCCACAUCAGGGAGCAGAUAAAGCAGGCAGAAAUCGACCCAGCUGUGCGCUGA